GAAUUCGCUGCUUUAUGGAUCUUCCAAUGCGGCAGUCUUGAAAUGAUGUAUGUACUCAAUUUGGGAUUUGUAUCUACCUGUGUCUGUUGAAAUGGACCCUUGCUCCACUCAGGACUCCUGUCUUCUUCCAAACAUCUCUCAGGAAGAAUACACCUGCCUCCUCAGGACUGGUAAACUGUGUUCUAUCGGAUCUUUUGGUAUUGUUCACCAAUGUGUCUGGCGAGGUCGGAAGGUCGCCAUAAAGUCAUUUAACCCGCUCGUUUGUGAUAGCGAUCCCCGUAUCAUCAACCAAGUUUUACUUCACGCGAAAUGUCACAUGCAUCCGAAUGUCGCCGAUGUUUUCGCUGCUGGACCAAAUUUUCCAAAUGAGUGUACGUUUUAUGUUGUGGAGUUGGCGGAGAACCACUCUCUAGAUACAGUGCUACAUCAAUUUCUCGACGUAAAGUACUCGUUAGCACACGCGAUUAAUUGGAUGCUCCAUGCUACCAAAGCCGCCGAUCACUUACAUCGCGUCUGCUCCCCACCUGUAUGUCAUGGUGACUUGAAGCCAGCUAACAUGCUACUGUUCGAUCACGGCCGUCUGCUGAAACUCGGCGACUUUGGAUCCGCUGGACCACUGGGUAUUACGUCUGAUCGCCGGCCAGACACGUGUGUGUACACAGCUCCAGAAAUUGCAUAUUUACGCACAGGAGAUCAGUUGGAGUACACCGACAAAUGUGAUGUAUACAGUUUGUCGAUUACUUUUUGGGAACUGCUUGCUCGUCGACGUCCUUACGAACAAACAUCAGGUCAGAGUUUCGGCAAAACCAGCUUUUGGAACAUCUUUCGGCAGCGUCCCAGCAAACUGCUGAACUGUCCACCACUACUUCAAGAGCUGUAUGAACGGGGCUGGUCCGAGGACCCUCAGUCUCGGCCAUCUGCGUAUCAAAUUGUUCAACUGCUGGAUUUUCUUUUACAUACGGUGCUUUUGAGAACUGGUGAACUUGACCCACUUACAAUUCCAUCUGAUUUCCAACCUGAAGUCGUCCCAGACGAUCUGGAGGCCAACCCAUUGUGGUCACUGGAAAAAGAUCGGGGUGUCCAUUGAGUUAUCUGAGCACUAAUCAGUGCUACCGAAAACGACCGCUUCCUCAACUGUUUUGUAGACAAAGCAUUUGGGUUGGAUCUAACUGUUCGAAUUUAGGAUACACUUUUAAAUGUGCUUUGUGUAAUUGUAUUGCUUCUUUGUAUCACUUUUAUUCUCCGUUUUUUGCUACAAUAUAAUUUUUGUAUUCA